CUCAAGUCGUCCAGAGGAUGACGAAUUAGCCGACGAUUUCCUGGACGAAGGGGGUGCCAGAAAGAGGAAAAGAAAUGAUGACGACGCAGCCUACAUCGAGUUCGACCAAGGUGAUGAUGACUCCGGCGAUGAUGAAGACAUGCCAGUCAUGCGCGGUCCUCGCCCCAAGUCUGGAUCCAUUGAUUACUAUCUGGAAGGUGGUGGUUCCCGACGGGGCACUCGCGCUAGCACUCGCGCGAGCUCUCUCCUCGCUUCUAGCGAAGGCGAGCGUGGGAACUCGGCCGACACAGGCAGAGGGCCGAGAAGGCUGCGACCAAGAGUCAGUCACAUGUACAGUCAGAGCACCCAGUAUGAGGAUAAAGAUGAAUUGCAGGAGUCAGAUGGGGACGGUGGCGACCCGUCCUUCUCCUUCGUCCAGUCUGACAUAGUUCAGACCAAACGUAGGAAGCUUAGGAAGCUCUCUAGAAGGAUACGCACGUCUACCGCAGGCCGCUUGCAGCAUGACGACUCGGACAUCGAGUUUGAGUCUCGUCGCUCCUCGCGGGCAACCAGGACUCACAAAGUUAUGACGGAUAGCUAUGUGGAUGACGAGGACGACAUCUACUACGUCGAAGAGAAGCCCUUAGGCGCCCCCAAAGUUGUGGGCGUGCGUGAGGUCUUUCAGUCAUCGAUCCCGCCUGAAUUCAAGGAGGCACACCGACCCAUCUGCACCACCUGUGGUCGUGGAGAUGACCACAACAAGGGGGCUAUGAUUCCUUGCCAGGGCUGUUCCAACUCCUACCACAAGCUCUGUCUCGGGGUCCGGAGCACCCGUGAUCAUGUUGUCACCAAGGUGAUGCCUGACGCAUUUGUCCUCCAAUGUCGGUUCUGCAUCGGCAUUUACAAGAAAAAGGACGAGCGUGCGCCGAACCAUGGCGUAUGUCAAUGGUGCCACCUCAAAGGCCGCUCUUGCAACCCGUUCUCCGAGAGAAAGACGGCAAAACAAGAGGAAACCCUACGUCUUGAGAACGGCGGCGUGGACCCUGUUACUCCGAUCGAGCCCAACUUCAUCAACAAUGCCGAGAAUGUCCUCUUCCGGUGCAGUCGCUGCUAUCGCGCAUGGCAUUACGAACACUUGCCCCAUCCUACCAAAGCAAGGGACCCAGCGAUCAACGAUCCUCUGAAUCUGCGCAAGCACCGGCGCGAAGAGUACCAAAUUACUUGGUUUUGCAAGGAGUGUCAGGAGACUGAAGAGGAGAAGGUCGACAAGAUUGUGGCGUGGCGCCCAGUAAACCGCCAGAGCUAUCAGGGCCAAGACAUCACCAAAUAUGGCGAGGACAGCCUUGAGUACCUGAUCAAAUGGGAGAAAAAAUCGUAUAACCACUGCAUGUGGAUGCCUGGUGCCUGGGUUUUCGGCGUCGUGAAGCCCGCAAUGCGCCGGGCGUUCGUCAAGCGAACUUUUGGGGAAGCCCCCGAAGAGGGUCUUGAUACCGAGAGAAACGUCGAUUCGCUCCUCCGGUGGACAGAGAAGGAAGCCAUCCACGAUGUCUGGAUCACGCCUGACAUCAUCCUAGACGUUCACUACGCCCCAAGAUCGCGCGAGGACGAGAAAAGAUACAGGGCUAUGUCUCGAAAGGACAAAUUCGAAGACGAUCUCAACAGGGUGUUUCAUGUCAUCAAGAUUUAUGUCAAGUUUGAGGGCUUGGGAUAUGACGACGCCGUCUGGGACACCCCGCCAACCCCUGAUAUGGAGUCCAUCUAUGACGCAUAUCUUGACGCCUAUCGCGAAUAUCUCAACGGCAAGCACUUUCAGCCCGAGCUGUGGCGCGAUAUGAACAACAGAGUGGAAAACUUCCGCCAGCUUGAUUUCGAAUCGGCCAUCCGCGUUAAGGGGCAGCCCAAAGGGUUGAAACGCGGCAAGCUAAUGGAGUAUCAAAUCGAGGGUCUCAACUGGAUUCUCUACAACUACCGCCACGAGAGGAGUGUCAUUCUGGCCGACGAAAUGGGUCUCGGAAAGACAAUCCAGGUUGUCGCCCUGCUUGCGAGCAUGAUCCAAGACCAACCGAGGAUCUGGCCGUUCUUGAUCGUCGUACCCAACGCGACAUGCCCCAACUGGCGUCGUGAGAUCAAGAAGUGGGCCCCCGAGCUCCGCGUCGUCGCCUACUACGGCGGGAAAACGCCACAGAAGUUGGCUCUCGAGUAUGAACUGUUUCCCAACGGGAGCCGGGAACUAAAGGCGCACGUCGUAAUUAUGUCCUAUGACUCGGUCAAGGAUAAUGACACUCGCCUCCGAUUCCAUGGGACCAAGUGGGCGGGUCUCAUUGUUGAUGAGGCCCAGGCUCUCAAGAAUGACGAGAAUGGAAUAUACAGGGCGCUCAACGCCUUGCGCAUUCCCUUCAAGCUUCUGUUGACGGGAACGCCGCUGCAAAACAACAAGCGGGAGCUCUUCAACCUUUUACAGUUUAUUGACCCUUCACUGAAAGCGGAGCAGCUCGAUGAGAAGUUUGCUCAGCUGACGUCCGAGAACCUGGCAGAGCUGCAUGAGCUCAUUCGGCCAUAUUUCCUUCGCCGGACAAAGGCCAUGGUCCUGACAUUCUUGCCGCCAAUGGCACAGAUUAUCGUGCCUGUGAGCAUGAGUGUCCUUCAGGAGAAGCUGUGCCGGUCAAUCAUGGAACGAAAUCCGGAGCUCAUCCGGUCCAUCUUCAUUCGCGGCAAAAUGAAGGCCAGUGAAAGGGGCUCCCUCAGCAACAUCCUAAUGCAGCUCAGAAAGUGCCUGUGCCAUCCUUUCAUCUACAGCCAGGCGAUCGAAGACCGAACCGCCUCGCCUGAGCUCACUCGCCGCAACCUGGUCGAGGCAUCGCCAAAGCUCAUGCUACUGGAGAUUAUGCUCCCAAAACUGAAGGAGCGCGGCCACCGCGUAUUGAUGUUCAGCCAGUUCUUGGACCAGCUCACCAUCCUGGAGGAUUUUCUCGCAGGCAUGAACGUCAAGUUUGAACGUCUUGACGGGUCCCAGUCCAGCCUGGAGAAGCAGAAGAAGAUUGACGCCUUCAACGCCCCGGACUCGGAUAUCUUCGUCAUGCUGCUUUCAACCCGUGCGGGCGGCGUGGGCAUCAACCUGGCAACAGCCGAUACUGUCAUCAUCCUGGACCCUGACUGGAACCCGCACCAAGACAUUCAGGCACUCUCGCGUGCCCACCGCAUUGGCCAGCGGAAGAAGGUGCUCUGCUUUCAGCUGGUGACAGUAGACUCGGCCGAAGAGAAGAUCCUGCAAAUUGGGCGCAAGAAGCUGGCGCUUGACCACGUGCUGAUUGAGAGCAUGGACAACGACCCUGAACAGUCCAAUGACGUUGAGUCUGUCCUAAAAUAUGGUGCGGCAGCGCUGUUUGGUGAAGGAAACAAAAAAGAGGCCAUUACCUACGACUCAGCUGCUGUAGACAAGCUCUUGGACCGCUCCGCCGUGGAAGAAACCAAGACGAACGAGGAAAAGUCGGCUGAAUCCGCCUUUGCCUUUGCUCGGGUGUGGGCCAACGACAAGGGCGCACUUGCGGACGAUCUGCAGGUCUCUGACCAGAACGUCAACGCAAGUGUCUGGGACGAAAUCCUCCAGCAACGUGAGGAAGAAGCAAAGCGGGAGGCGGAACGGAACAGGGAGAUACUUGGCCGUGGAGGUCGCCGCCGCGGAACUGCCAAUUACUCUGGUCAUCGAUUUGAAUUCGAUGAUGGCCAAGAUGCCGCCGCACCUGAGAGCGAUCAUGGAGAUGGCGAUGGGGAUGGGGACUUUGUUGGCAGCGACAAGAGUGAUGGGGAAACAAGCGAAGAUGAGGAGGCUGCCACACCGGCUACGGGUGAGUCUAUAGUCACGGAGUCUAACGUGCGGAAAGCAGGGACAAAAGCUUCACAAGAGCCCGAAGCCCACCCCCCGACGAGCGCGUCCCGCAAAGACGGCAGCCGCAAAGACUCCGGUAAAGACGGCGAUCGCAAAGACUCCCGCAAGGACGCCGACCGCAAGGACUCCCGCAAAGACGGCGAUCGCAAGGACUCCCGUAAGGGCAAAGGCGGUCAAGACCAAGCAGACGCCGCGAAAACAGUCACUCCAGUCCCAGUCCCCAAACCCUGGGAACAUCACAGCUCGGGAGAAGUUGCCAGGCACACCAAGCAGGACAGUCGCAGCCGGCUGUCAAGCAGAGAACAAUCAGUCCCUAUGUCAGCUGGAGCUGGAUCCGCAGGACACCUCAAUGGCGGAGAUGACCCCAAUCGCCGAACAACCGAUUUCAGCGGCAUACCAAUACACACCGCAGCCCAUGCCAACGGCAUACAAUCAGAUUAUGGAGUCCAACCUGUCAGCAUCACAAGAUCCGCAGUCGCCGGCGCUGAGCCAGCAUCAGUGCCCGGAUACACCGACCUUACCCUUCUUUCCUCCCCACCCCCUGGCUUAGCCGAUCCAGUUCCACCCCGCAGACCAGCGCCAUUCAAUAACGUGUGUCUUGUCUGCGAGUAUUCACACCCAAGUGACUGGGAGUGCCCGGAAAUGAGCUCUCAAAUACACCUGCGGUUGGCCAUGGACCGGCUGAGAAGCAGGCCAAGGGCAAGCGCCGAAGAGCUCAUGCAAGGGUGGCUUUUCCUUCAAGCGAAGCUAAAAAGGGUAACGGGACUUGUCCCGUUACCCCUAACACAUUUCAGGAACAGCUAGGAUGGACCUGGACCGGUACCGGGCGAGAAAUUUUCACCUCUACCACUCUCUGCGCACAGCAAGAACAGACGCAAACCCUUGGACGGCCCGGCACAACAGGAUGCGUGGCUAAGGCAGGAAGGAACUGAUAAGGGGAUUCUGCUUCUUCAAGAAGCUACCACUUUACGUGUGUCAUGGCGGGUUAUUAUAGAAUUGGGGGGCAUUUUCUCGGCCGCAAGUGCAUGGCGAAAAGACCCGGUUUGCU